CUAGUGCUAGUAGUGAAAUUGUGGUGCAACCUACUGCUAAUGGCUCUGAUACACGCAAGGUAAACAACAGUGCGUAGAACCGCGUACAGCGAUCUUUUUGGCGGUUAACCGGACCCGUUCGGAACGGGGACCGGCCGGGGAACCUCGUUUCGAUGCAGUUUUCCCGGUUCCGAUCGGCCGCGGGGUCGAAAACGCUCCGAAAGAUUCCUUUUCCGCAUGACUGAUUUUCACGUCCGAUUUGCAUUCGAUAAUUCGGACUGGCAGGCAAGCGAACAGGCAAAAGCAGGCGAGAGCAGACAUGGACGAAUGUAGACCUACGCCGUUGCCUUGGUGUUUGGCGAUUGCUGCGAUUCAGUGCUUUGUAAUGAUGAUGGAAUUUUACUUUUUUGAAGAAUCUCAGUUCUGCAAGUGAUUUAAAGUUCAGAAAAUUCUUAAAAUUGACAAACAUGGAGGAGAUGACCGUUUCUCCGACACCAUUGUUACACAUUAGCAUAUUUCGUACGAGAAGGUUCACCUCAAGAAAGGAUAUCAAAUUACACCAACGUCGUCGUCGCCGUUCACAAAGACGGUACAGAAAUUCCUUCGGUUUCUGCGGUUUGCCUGUUCGCCGCCACCACCACCACAGCCCAUUAUAUCCAAGCCAUUAGACACGACGGAGUGAUCGCAAAAAUAGCCGUCAGAGGCCACAGCGGCAUCAACCAGCUGGGUGGCGUCUUCGUCGGCGGGAGACCCCUGCCGGACUCCACUCGGCAACGGAUCGUCGAGCUGGCCCAUGCCGGAGCUCGACCGUGCGACAUAUCGCGGAUUUUGCAGGUUUCCAAUGGGUGCGUGAGUAAAAUACUGGGAAGGUACUAUGAAACGGGAAGUAUUCGGCCGCGAGCGAUUGGGGGUUCGAAACCACGGGUUGCCACACCGGAGGUGGUCAACCGGAUCUCGAUGUUCAAGCAGAACUGUCCGAACAUCUUCGCGUGGGAGAUCAGGGACAAGCUGCUGAACGAACGCAUCUGCACUCCGGAGAACAUUCCAAGCGUUUCAUCCAUCAAUCGCGUUCUGAGAAAUCUGGCUGCCCAGAAGGAGUUCAGCAAGAAGCCACACGCACAAGAAUCUUCAUCCGAUGACUCGAGCUAUUUGUCCGCGAAGCCGUUGAACGACGGUUCGCCAUUUGUGCAUUACAAAUACGCAGAUAAUGCAGACAUGAAACCGCAAGCCGAGGAGAACAAGAGUCCCUUUGUAAAGCAUUGUUUCACGAAUCUGGAUUCUCCGGUUGGUGGCGGUGGUGGUGGCGGAGGCGGAGGAGGUGGUGGAAGCAGCGGGAGUGGCAUAGGUCUCGGAUUGGGAACUAAACCACCUUCGGCGCAACCACCGCCCUCCUCUGUUGGCUUCGAUUCGGACUCGGAACGGCUCAGUCUCAAGCGCAAACUACAACGCAAUCGGACCUCUUUCACCGUCGAUCAGAUCGAGUACCUGGAGAAGGAAUUCGAACGAACGCACUAUCCGGACGUAUUCUCCCGAGAACGGUUGUCUUCCAAAACGAAUCUACCUGAGGCGAGAAUUCAAGUUUGGUUCUCGAACCGCCGUGCCAAGUGGCGCCGCGAAGAGAAGCAACGAUCGCAAGCUGCCUCCGAGGGAUCCUCCGUAGCUGUUUCCGUAUCGGCAGCUACCGCCCAGCCUCCAUCCGGCGUAUCGUCCUGCAUGAACCUGACCUCCCCGCUGGUUUCCCACGUCUACGAUUCCAACAUGUGUGUUGAAGACUCCAACAGCAACUAUCUCAGCAAGACGUACCCCUUGGAGCCGACCGCCUUCCAGAACCUCGAUCCCAUGAAGUCUCCACAUCAGUCCCAUCAACCGCAAACUCAUUCACCGAUGUCCUUCAAACUUUUCCCCAGCAGUAGCUCCGGAGGUGGCGGCGGUUCGGUAACUCCAGGAUCAUCCGGCGGUGGUGGUGGUGGUGGCUCCGGAAGUACCCUCACUUCCUCCGGAUCUCUGCACGAACCAAGCCUGAUGGACGCGGUGGCACUCUCCAACAACGGCGGUUUCUCACACGUACCUACCUCGGACGACAAGUCCCUGUACAAUCACUUUGCCUACUCGGCGUCGUCGGCAGCCGUUGCGGCCGCAGCCAACAUGCACCACUCGGCUGCGUACUCGGUGGCUGCGGCUGCCGCAGCCGAUCACCAUCACCACCACCAUCAUCAUCAGUCCUACAACGGGAUGUACCUGAAGAAUCAGCUCUACAAUCUGCCCACCAAUGGCGUCCUCAGCUUCCAGUCGACCCUCGACUGGAACAAGAGUUAAUGGUAGGCUUCGCGGGGUUUCGAAACAGCCGAAGGCUUCCCCGACGAUUCGUUCGACGAUAACUGAUCUGAUCUGAUCUGAUGAUAACAAAGCCAUAGCAGUAUUUGUGAGGUGCGAUCUGCUGAGAAUCUCAUGUUGACAGAAAAUAUUUCUACACAUUAUUAAAACUAUUGAACAAUUGUAACACAAACGUGAUCAGUUUUUAAUGCUUAAAAGUGAUGGUUGUCCGUAUUAGCUAUUAUAACUUAAAAUGAUGAUGAACAGACACACAAACAAACACAUACACUUAUAUAUAUCUUUGAAAAUGUGGUAUUGAAAGUAUUAUUUUUGCGUCUAAUCAAUUAGAAAAAAAAUGAUUUUUAGAGAUACGAUGCUGUGAAACAACAUACAAACAUUACCGACCGAGAGAAAGAGAUAGACCGCGAGAGGGAGAAAAUGUUAGGAAAAUUUCAAUAUUUUAAUUAUAUACGAUAAGAAAGGCAGAAAUGGAGGAGGAAAUCUCUUUACUAGAACAAUAUAACGACGUACUAUCGCAAUGGGAAGGUGAAACUGGAGAAACUGAAAUGUACAAUAAAUGAAGCACAUUAUUAUUGAAGGAAAAUGAAAUCAAUUUUUAAAACUUGAA